UACGGUUUGUGUGUUUCGGUUCGAUCCGUUUGUGUUGUUCCCGACACGCUUUGAUGAUCUUCUUCUUCUUCUAUUCUCUGGUCUAAAAGCACCUCGACACUCUGUUCCACUCUUUGUCUCUCUCUGACGCUCUCUCUACGAAGAUCCUCCUUUUCAUCAGAGAAGAGAGAAUUUCCGGGAGACAAAGAGGAAGAGAGAUCCUUUUGAUCUAACAGAGAAAAGGAUGCAAACCAUCUCGAAAGCUUCGUCUGCUAUCUCCUCCUUUCCUUGUUCUUCGAAGCUAACAAGUCAGCCAUGUGUGAGACAGCUUCACCUCCGAAAGGGUCUUGUCUGCAGAGUCAUGAAGCUCGUCUCUUCACCCCUUAGGACUCUACGCGGUGCUAGUAAAUCUAUUCGUGUCUCCAAUUUCUGCAGUGUCUCCAACCUCUCCUCAUUACAAAUCGAACUGGUGCCUUGUCUUAACGACAACUAUGCUUACAUUUUACAUGACGAGGAUACUGGUACAGUUGGUGUGGUUGACCCUUCUGAAGCUGAACCUGUGAUAGAAUCAUUACAGAGGAGUGGUCGAAACCUAACGUAUAUAUUAAAUACACAUCAUCAUUAUGAUCAUACUGGUGGCAACUUGGAAUUGAAAGACAGGUACGGUGCAAAGGUGAUUGGCUCAGCUGUAGACAGAGACCGCAUUCCUGGAAUCGAUAUAGCAUUGAAGGAUGGUGACAAAUGGAUGUUUGCUGGUCAUGAAGUCCAUGUUAUGGAUACUCCUGGCCAUACAAAAGGCCAUAUCAGUUUAUACUUCCCAGGAUCACGAGCUAUCUUCACUGGGGACACCUUGUUUAGCUUGUCUUGUGGUAAACUCUUUGAAGGUACACCUAAGCAGAUGCUUGCGUCUCUCCAAAGGAUCAUAUCUUUACCAGACGACACGAGCAUAUACUGUGGUCAUGAAUAUACACUGAGUAAUUCAAAGUUUGCCUUGUCCAUAGAGCCAAACAACGAAGUACUCCAAUCUUAUGCAGCUCAUGUUGCAGAACUCCGUCAAAAGAAACUACCCACGAUUCCGACAACAGUGAAGAUGGAGAAAGCUUGUAACCCGUUCCUCCGAAGUUCGAAUACAGAUAUUCGUCGGGCGUUAGGCAUUUCAGAGACUGCAGAUGAUGCAGAAGCUUUAGGGAUUAUCCGAGAAGCUAAGGAUAAUUUCAAAGCUUAGGCUUCUAGUCCAUAAAUAUGGUGAAGGUGGACUGCUUUUUUAAAUUACUUUUCUUUAAAAUACAAAAAGAGAAAUAUACUUUUUUUUACUUUUGAUGUAAACCUUUUAUUUUGGUACCCAUUAACACCACAAUUAGGUUUCUAGAUUUUCUUCAAAAUUUAUGAAUACAUAUAAAAUAUUUUUCCUUUUUUUUUUACAGCAAAAUAUAUUCACCUGUUAUGUU